AUGCCGUCCAUUGGCGUAGGCCCCUCACGCCCCACCUCUCUCUGCAACUCUGAGACCAUCACCGCCAAUCCCUCAACACCUCUCCCAAUCCCAACAACAGGAAAUACUACUAAUACUAAUACUAAUACUACAACAACUACUACGAGUACUACUGCAGCCGCUGUGGUGGUGGAAAAGGAAGAAGAAGUCGCUACGACGAAUACGACGAUCACAACAACAACAGCGGCCACUGCAGCCGCGGCGGUAGUUGUGGUGGAGGAUCUCUGCAGCGCGAGAAACACCCCGAGUGCGUUGGACUCCUGCGCCUUCUGCUGCCUGGGCGGAGUCUCCAACAGUUUCAGCAGCUGCCGCCGGCUGCCGUGCAUUCUCCGCGGAUCCUCCCAACACCGUGCGGGAGAAGGAAAAGAGGAAUACACAACAACAACAGGAAGAGAAGAAAGAGGAGGAGGAGGAGAAAUUGGAAAGAAUGAAAAACUCCAACAAACAUCCACAACACCCAUCCCAACAACAGGAACAACAAAUAACUCAAGAAUAGGGAAUACAAGAGAAACCACAGGAACAGGUACGGCGGAUAUUCAACGACGAUUAUUAAAAUUCACCUCCUCGCAAUCAUCCCUCUCUGGUGGUAUUCCCCUCGCACGAUAUCGUGCAAAGUUAGAAGAAUGUGCCACUCUGCAUGAUCAACUGCAAAAUACCGUAUCGGAGUUAUGUAUGACCCGUGAACAGUUGGACAGUGUGAGGAGUGAGUGUAAUAUGUUGAUUGCAGAGAUUGUACGAUUACGGGAUGUAUUGAAUAUGAAUACAUCAGAAUUACACACACAACAACAACGAGUGGAGGAACUACGCCGGGAGAACAGACAAUUAAGAGAUGAAAGACGUGAAAGUCCACAAAAACCACAAUCACUACUACAAUCACGAUUACCACCAUUACCCUCAUCAUCAUCAUCCUAUUAUCAAUCAUCAUACCCCAUACGUCCAAUCCCAAUACCACCAAUCACAAUGGAUGUGGGAGGCUCUCAACCAGUAUCCACUGCUGUUGUUCAGGCCCAUCAAGUCAGUUUUACUCCAACCGCUACUACAAACAAUAAUAAUAAUAAUAAUACGACGAUGUAUACAGAUCAUACAUUACCAUGCCGUACGUGUCCCAGUGUACAUCGACCCACACACUCUGCAGCGGCUGUACGGAUUGGAGCUGCUGCUGCUGCUGCUGCGAAUACGAAUACAAAUACAAAUGCAAAUAUAUAUACACAAGCCUUUGUUCGUGCGGAUACUCGUGAUGUGACAAGUGCCAUGGCGGCUUAUGUUUGUGAGUGUUUCCGUACAGAAGUAAUACCACACAUGGAAUUACUGCACAGUUUGUAUGAUGGCGGUCGUUUGAUGGCAGUAGAACCAUCCAUUACAUACGCCCAGUUAAGUGCAUUGAAACGUGUGAUUAUUGAAGCAAAGUCAAUGACACCAGCAGAUUUUCAUAAUGAUAACAACAACAACAACAACAACAGCAAGGAACAACCACAAUCACAACAUCAAGGAGAGCCAUCACAGCAGAGAACAAUGUCUCUAACACAAGGUAAGAAGAAUACAUAUAAUCCAGUACCAAUGUCUUGGGUACAUGAUGUGGGACUUCUUUCUUUCCGUAGUGAUAGUUGGCAUUCUAGUAUUGGUUUAUUACUUUAUAUGAUUCGUACAUUACCUUCUGUGCGUGAAGUGGAAGUAUUUGCAAUAAGUGAAAAUGCCGUUAUGCAGAAACUUGCGGAAACAUUAAUGAUGGAAGUUCAUGUGGAGGUCCUCUCCCUACCAGAGAUGGUUCUCACAGAUGAAGGUUUAUUGGCUCUCUUUUCUCUUAUCACACGACGGGAAAAAUUAUCCAUUGCGGAUGCUAAAGAAGCCGCAGAUGCUGCCACACCUUCCAUAGCCGCAUUUGGAAAUUCCGGAGUUUCUGUUAUUUCUCAAAUGGGAGAAUCCGCAAAUGGAACGAAUAGUAGUAAAUCACCUAGUAUGGUUGUGGAUGCCUUUGCAGAUGCGGCGGCGGCACUUCGAAGAGCCUCUGCGGCUGCAGCGGUGGAACGUGUUCCUUUAUUAACUCUACGGUGUUUGGAUCUUAGUCGCUGCACAAUUACACAUCCCACAACUCUCUUUCGUGGAUUUCACUCUUCCACAUUGGAAGUAUUGAUCUUAACAGGCUGCACAGCUCUGCGGGAUGUGCAUGUGCGGGAUAUUCUCGAAGUCUGUCCACAACUCCAUACAUUGGAUCUCUCCGGUAGUGUGGGACUCUCUAAUGCGUGUGUUACUUACAUCAGUCAACAUAAACGUCUUAAGGUACUUCGAUUAGAGAAUUGUCCUGGUAUAAAGAGAUUGGAAUUAUCUAAUAUAGAAGUACUCUUCUCUUCAUUAGCGUAUAUUGCUAAAUUGUAUGCCCCUGAACUUCGACGUUUACCUAUACCACUAACUCAUGCAAAUGUUUUGUAUGAUUUCUUUGCCCCCAAGUUAACGGAGAUUACAUUAAAAGGCAUUAUAGUAGGACGUGGGACUUUAAGUGUAUUUUUACAUAAUUCUACAAGUGAUCAUGUUGCAGCUGGACGUACAAGUCCUGGAAUUCCUAUCAGUAACAGCAGUUUGGCAUCUUUGGAAAGUAGAUCACAAGUUCAAUUCCCAACAUCUUAUCAAUAUGAAAUGGGUGAUGAUGUACCACAACUUCUCUCUGUUGGGUUUAUUGAUUGUGUGAUUUCUGACUCUUCGGAACUAAAAAUGUUUCUACAGCAACAAGUACAUUUACUUCGACUUUCUCUACAUGGUUGUAGAGGUGUGAUGGAUACACAAUUGGCACGACUUCCACCAACACUAUUGGAAUUAGAUGUUGGUGGGGUGGCUCAGUUAACCCGCAGUAGUAUUCAAGCCAUUGUUACCUGUUUACCCAAUCUUGUCAAGUUAAGUCUUAAAAAGGCGGGAAAUGGCAUUGAUGAGAUGGCCAUUCAUCAAUUACGAGCAUUAGGGAAUUUGGAGGUGUUGAAUCUACUCGGACUUCCACAAUUGCGAGAUGAAGUGAUAGCGGCAGUCGCAGAGGCAUUACCAAAACUGCGGAUAUUAUAUCAUGAGACGGUCGUGGUAGAAACAAAGGCCGCAGCCACAGCAGCCACAGCAGCCGUUAAACCAAUACUCACUACUACUAAUACUAUUAAUACUAAUACUACAGCAACAGCAGGAGGAGGAGAAACACUUUUAUCUUUUGCGGUCCUGCGAGUGGAACGAAGUGAUGAGGAAGAUAAUACCCGUAAAGAUAUUCAUCACUGCACAAAGGAGUUAUUACAAUUACGGAAUGAGACUGCACUCGCCCUGUGGAUGGAGGCACAACUCCCCAAACCAACAACACUUCUCCCACAACGUCCACUUGCAAAACCCACAGAAAUCACAGCUGUUGGUAUUUCACAUCCACCACUCACUACGAAUACAACUUAUUAUGAGGCCACACAACAAAUCCUUUCUCGGCAAGGAACUCGUGCGAUUGGAGAUAUUUCCAGAGAACCUUCUAUUGCGAUGGUGGAACAAGAUGAAAAUGGAUUAUUAAUGCUGCAGGAAAAACCAGAUGUAAUGACAUUUGAUGAUGUGGAAGAAAAGGCAACCACACCGAAUCUCUCCUCUGCUACGGCAACCACUACUACUUUCACACCGGCUCAUAGAGAAAAAAAGAAUAGUAAUGGAGAGAAUAAUAAUAAUAGUAAUAAUAAUGAAGAGAUGGAUAUGGAUGAUGAUAAUGAUAAUGAUGGAAUCUCCAGAGAGAGCCCUGCUGACACCCGUCGUGCUGUAAUGGAGAAUGCAAUGGAUGAGAGAGGAAGAAUGGCUAUUGAAAAGGCACCACUCGGACCGUGGGAUGAAGCCGAUAUCGUCGACGAGCAUCGACGUUACUCUUAG